AUGGCAAAUCUCAAUAAAGACAUACUUCUCUUGAUAUUAGAAGAAUUACAAUAUGAUAAAAAUUCUCUCUAUUCAUGCCUUUUAGUUAAUAAAAUUUGGUGUGAAACUACCGUUCCAAUUUUAUGGAAGAAUCCUUGGAAAGAUCUGCCACGGGGAAAGGAGAAAUCACAAUCUAAUGUAUUCGUUUCACAUUUAUCAAAUGAAGUAAGAGAAAAGUUAAAAAGAGAACAUGGAAUAAUUUUACCAAAAGCGAUGAAACUCUCAUUUAAUUAUAUUAGUUUUUGUAGAUACCUAGAAUUAUAUAGAUUAGAUAGGAUAACUUUUACCAUCAAAGAUAUUAAAAUGUCCAAAAUUCCCUUUAUGAAACUUGAAAUAGCGAGAUUAUUUAUUAAUAGAAAUACAAGAUUCACUCAUCUUUAUUUACAUCAAUGUGAUCUUCAAACAAAUCUUAUUCCAGGUAUUGAAAUUUGUUUCUCAAAACUUAAGUUUCUUCGAUCUCAACCUAGCAAUUUUUUAUGUGAAUUAUCUGAAAUAAGCGAAUCGAUAGAGGAAAUAGAAUUUUAUAUUACAGAAUAUAAUAAUAAGGAUAACUAUGGAAUAACUAAAUUAAUUGAAGCUCAAAAAAAUCUUAAUUAUUUCAGUUUUACAUAUGGAAAAGGAGACAAAUCACUUUGCAAGACUCUUGGGGAUUCAUUGAUUAAACAUGCGAGUACUCUUCAAUAUUUAAAAAUAGAUCUGGAAUUAAUCACAAAAAUAACAAAGUCACUUUCAUACCUUUUAAAUUUAUCUAAUUUAGAAAUAAUAAAUCCAAAUAAUCAAAGAGCUUGGUAUCAUAUAGAAAAUGUAUCAUUUCCUUUUUUAAAAUUUUUAAAAACUCAACAGGUUUCAACUAAAAGUUUAAUUGGCUUAAUUGAAAAUACAAAAGGUCAUCUUAUGGAAUUAUGUAUUGAUUAUGAAGAUAAUGAUGAAAAUCUUAUACAAGCAAUUUAUAAAAAUUGUCCAAAACUCAAGUACCUUAAAUUAUCAAUUACAAAUAGUUCUAUACGUAGUAUUAAAGAAUUAGAUAAUCUCUUAAUUAAUUGCCAAUAUUUAAAUGGUUUAGUUAUUUAUAUUCGUAAGAAUUUUGAUUGGGAUAAUUUCUUCAAAUCAUUAAUUAAAUCAUCUCCAAAUAGUUUAUUAAAAUUUAAACUAUUUUCUUCUAUUUGGGAUAAUUAUAGUCCAGAAUCUUUAAAAUUAUUUUUUGACAAUUGGAAAAGUAGACAUCCUAUGUUGUUACAUACCAAUUUACCUAAUAAUGAAAAAGAAAAAUUUGAUUUAAUUAAAAAAUAUGUAGCAGAGGGAAUAAUUAUAAAACAUGAAAAUGUAUCGGAUAGAACUAUAUUUGAAGAUUUUGAAUGGACUUAUCCAACUCAAAAAUCUGUCUCUAAAUUUGAAUUUUUAGAAAGUAAACAAAUAACUAAUUUGUGA